CAGAAGCCUUCUUCCUGCUGGCCUUCCUUCAGUCACAUGACAGGAAGGGUGCCUCCGCCGACGUCCAGACGUCUGCCUCUUCCCCGCCCCCCAACUCCCCGGCGCACCGUACGCAGAAGGCACUGGCAGUGAGCAAGCACGGAGCUCUCCGCGCACUCCGGUUGGAGAGCGUUUGCACGGCCCGGCGCGGGUUCCCGGAUGUCGGUCUCCCGCAAACCCCGCCCCGCCCCGCCCCGCGCUCGCUCCGCCCUCUGCGCGCCCUGUUCCGUGCCUUGAGGUUGCGGUCAGCGAGAGCCGCUGCAGCAAGUCGGGCUGCCCGCGAGCGUGAGGCUGCAACCUUCUCCUCCCGCCGACGAAUCUCCAACCCGGACUCCGCCCGCCCACGCUCCGGGCCCAGGUCCCGUUGCACCUUGCCCGGCUCCGGAGAGCAAGCCACCGUCGCCGCGUCCCGAGGAACCCACAGCCGUCGCCACCGCCGCAAUCGCCAGCCGAGCAAGAUGGGAAAUGAGGCGAGUUACCCUUUGGAAAUGUGCUCACACUUUGAUGCUGAUGAAAUUAAAAGGCUAGGGAAGAGAUUCAAGAAGCUUGAUUUGGACAAUUCUGGUUCUUUGAGCGUGGAAGAGUUCAUGUCUCUGCCUGAGUUACAACAGAACCCGUUAGUGCAGCGGGUAAUAGACAUAUUCGACACAGACGGGAAUGGAGAAGUGGACUUCAAAGAAUUCAUUGAAGGAGUCUCUCAGUUCAGUGUCAAAGGUGAUAAGGAGCAGAAGUUGAGGUUCGCUUUCCGUAUCUAUGACAUGGAUAAGGACGGCUAUAUUUCCAACGGGGAGCUCUUCCAGGUGCUGAAGAUGAUGGUGGGGAACAACCUGAAAGACACACAGUUACAGCAGAUCGUAGACAAAACCAUCAUAAAUGCAGAUAAGGACGGGGAUGGAAGAAUAUCCUUUGAGGAAUUCUGUGCUGUUGUAGGUGGCCUAGAUAUCCACAAAAAGAUGGUGGUCGAUGUGUGACUCUUUGAAGAAUACCACCCAACACUUUUGCUUUCUUCUCCAUCUCUGAAGAUCUGCUCAAGACGUCCAGCAAUGCUCUCUGUGUAUUUAAAUGGAAGUAUUUUUCUCUGUGAAGCCACAUUUUCCAACGUGAGCCUCAUGAAGCCAACUAAGUGUUAUUGAACUCCUACGCUCUCAAUAACUCAGUGUAGCACAGUAAAGUGAAGGACAGCAGCAUGAAAAGAGCGUAUGAGGAUGGUGGAGAAAGGGAAGGGGUUGGCUUUUUAAUUUAUUUUUCUUCAUCUUUUAUAACAAGAAAGUAUCUAUAUAUACAUAUGUAAAUAUUUAUAUAUAGAUAUAUGUAGCUUUCUAUAUAUUUAGUAGGUUGGCUUUAAUUUAAUAUACUUGAUUCAGAAACAAAAUGUUAGAGUACAAAGUGCCAAGCAGAACAUAAAACAUCCUUACUUUUAUUUCACACAGUUUUAUAUGUAGAUAGAAGAUUGUACAAUUUGCACCAGGUAGUAGGCCAGCUAUUUUUCCUUUCUCUGUGCUUUCUCCUUUGAGAGAUUGAUAAAGCAUUUGUUAAUGCCCUAUUAUUUACCUUAAUUACAUUUUUGUAACGAGUCUGUUAACUUUAUAUCUCUGAGUAUAUUUCCAGGGACUGUGUCUUAUUGCUGAGCAGCAUUUGAUUCAUCGCAGUUGGAGGUCUAGUUCAGUGCUGUUGCCAAGAAUGGGCCCUGUGUCCAUAGAACUGCGUAUGUUACGGCUGCUUCAGGCUGAUGCUUUUUAAGUAGUCUCAGUAAUUUAUUUUUAUUAAGUGUCCCUGAGAAAAAUGUAAUUAGCAGUUGUGAUUUUUAUAAAGGUCAGAAGUUUUCUGAGGCAGUAAUGACUUUUUAAAAAUGUAUUAUUUAGUGAAGAAAACCCAAAGUAGUCAUGUAAUGGCUUAGAAUAUACUUGCUUCAUUAUACACAAGUGCUGUAUUUUCCGGAGUAGAAGACGGCCCCAACUUUAACUUUUCCAGUUAAAAUAUAGAAUUUGCAGCCCGAGUCUGCUGCACAAGGUGUAUGUUCGAAGAGGGG